GCUGUGCGUCGAUGAUAGGCCCGUCGUGAAGCCUCCAUCUUUAACUUUGCUUCCACCACACACUCGCAUACCGCAAUAGGGAUCGCACGGUGCAAACGUUUCCAAGUGCAUACGACCUUCGCCCGCUGGAGACCGUGCCUCCUUUUCGCCAUCGUCGAUUGGACCGCCAUGAGACAGGAUCGAGAGUAAAGGGGUGGCCCCAAAUUAUCGCCCGUUUGACUACGUCGUCGUCGUCGUUCCGAGCUGCCAUUGUGGGCCUAUACUCCAGGGGGCCAAUGAGCUCUAGCGACAGCCAGAGGCAGACAACCGAUCAACCAAACAACCGUCUAGCGAAACGAAUCACCCCGAACGCCUAUCAACGCCGCCGCAUCGCAUAGUUGCAUCCGUGUGACGGGGUCGGGGUCCUCCAGAUUUCUUUCCCGUGCCCGAGCGCUAGCGGAAAAACGGAACUGCGAGUCAUUGCGACGCGUAAAGUGGGCAAGAAGUGAGCUGAUAUAUCGCCUCAGCAGUCGUGUUCUUCCUCUUAUACAUCAGGAAUCAGCUGGUGGCGUAGUCGGUCGGAAUAGCAGUUGGGAAGUUGGGCGGCCGAACCGCAGAUUUUAUUUCCAGCAAAGAACAACGUAGUGAGCGUGGAUGGUUGGCGUGACGGUAAAGGAGAAGGGCAGCAGUGGUAGCAGCAGCGGUUCGAACAUGUCGCGCAGCGUACGCGCGGAGACGCGCGCUAGCAAGAAGGACGAUGUCAAGAAGCUUAUGCUGUCGAUGGACCGCGUCCGGCACUGGGAGAAAAAGUGGGUCACGAUUGGGGAGACGUCGAUGAAGAUCUACAAAUGGGUGCCGAUUUCGACGAACGACAAAAAAAAGCCAGCUUCGUCGGCGGAAGGUGGCGGUGCCGUGGGAGUGGGCGGUGGAGGGGUGGGCGCCACUGUGGGUGCCACAUCGCUCGGCGGUGGCCAGGCAAUGCUCACCAAAACUGGCAUCGGUGGUGUUCCUACCGGUAACAAUGGAGGCGGUACAGGUGGAACAGCCAGUGGCCCUGCGUCUCAGGCGGGCCCGAACGUCACUAACAACGGCAACAGCAACAGCAAUAGCAGUGAAAACAAAGAGAACAGUAGAAAGCCGAUCGGAACCGACUCCAACUCGAACUCUAACUUCGGUCUCGCCGAGGACUCCAAUACCUGUUUUUCUAUCGUCAGCGAUUCCCAAGGCGCCACGGACUUUGUUUCGAACAUGUUCUCGGAAGACUCCAACUCGCAGGGCAGCGACAGUGCACCGAAACGGCUUAAACGGGAGUAAAUGCAUAUUACCAGUAUAGCUAAGAGAAAGUAUCCUCUCAGACUAGGAUUGGCCCAAGCCGUCAUUUCCUCCUCCACAAAAAGGCCCGCAAUCAUCAUACAAUCAACAAUCCAUCAGUGCUGAUGAUAAGGAAUAGUCUUAUCCCGAUGAAGUGAUCGGAUAUUUCAGCAGUCAAGUUCCAUCCUAUGUGCCUGGAACGUCUGAAUUUCUAAGGGAAUCGAAAUGCAACAAAACAAUCGUCCGGGUAAUACUGCGAGACACACACAUACACACACGAUCACUUUAUCCCAAUUGUACAAAAAGUUUGUAUUUGAGCGCAUGUGUGCCUGUGAGCAGCACGUGUUUGUAUCGUUUAAGACCACACCUCGCGAUCGUGAAUCUACGUGUACAGAGGUGAACUUAAUCUUUUUAUUGCUUUUUUAUUUUUAUGUAUUUUCAUAAUCAUGUACUUCUAGAUCAACUAGGGAGUGCACCUUCUUGUGGAUGA